AUGAGAGCGCUCGAGCCUGUGAGAGGGUUCGAGGUGUUUGGGCGUGUGAGUCAGAGCACGUUGUUGGCGGGGUUGUUUCGCGUCGGCGCCGGAGGGAUGCUGCAGUCGCAUUCAGAAUUCGACGACGCCACUUUAAUCCGACAUCGGGUCGCCUUGCAGCUCGACGGCACACACCCCACAUUGUACCUGACACUGGACACACGCGGGCUUCCGGCCGGGGAGGAUACGCUCUGUAUUCUUCGCGAAGCGGUCCGAGGAUGGUCGUCUGACGCCCUGUUCCCAAACCAGCGAGGAUUGCAGGUUCGACCUGGAGAUCCAGAGGCGGCGGUCCAGCUGGAUGAGCGCCAGUUGCACGGCGCUCACUUGCCCGGUGGUCAGCUAGCUAGCACGGAAGUUGUGCGUAAGAAACUGGCAUGGAUCAGGCCGCUCGUGCUUCUGGUUAACGCCAAUGCCAUUGCCGCUGGCGCCGUCCUUACCGACGCCAACCGACCUGUCCGUAAGGAAGCCGUGGCGCGCUUCUUCGACCACAACGGAGAAGGCGACUACGUCCGCCUCCUAUUCGACUCGGACGAAAACGACCAAGAAGAAGCGGCAGCGGCGACUCAAUUAGCGGCUACGGACCGCAUCCACUGGGACAUGCACGACGAAACUCGCCUGCACGCCUGGACUGUCGUUAACGACGAGGAGGACGAUGAGUCCGACGGCAGCGAGUCCGAUGACGAUGACACCCUCAUUCUCAAGUGCAGAAGACGAGGGUAA